AUGAUAGUAAAAAACAACCUCGCCAGAAUGGCAAGCUCCGUUAGUACCACCGCCGGUCGCCUAUCGGCACCACGCCACACUGUCAUCAUCGGUGGCGGCAUCGUUGGAGCCUCGACACUCUUCUAUGCUGCAAAAAGCCCGCUCCGGGAGAAAUCAUCAUCGCCGUCACGGCUGACUCUCAUCGAGGCCUCUUCCGAGCUUGCCCCAGGCGCAAGCGGGAAGUCGGGCGGCUUCUUGGCGCUAGACUGGCAUGGAGCUGCAACUUCUAGUUUGGCUGAGUUGAGCUACCGGCUGCACCGCGAGAUUGCAAAAGAAGGCAAUGGGGGUGAGAGAUGGGGGUAUCGAGCUGUUGAGACUCUACAAGUAAACAUUGAUACCACAAAGAGCCGAUCCAAAUGCCCCAAGGAGCUGAACUGGGUGGAUCCCUCAAUCGUGACGUCGACUAGUACUCUCGGAUCCAGCAGCACCACGGCACAAGUUACCCCCAAGCACCUGGUCGAGUAUAUGGUGGAGGCGGCGCUGAAGCACGACGGAGUGGAAGCUCGACUUGCCACAGCGGCCACAUCUCUGGAUCUUGAUGACCAAGGUAAAGUCCGCGGGCUGCGUGUGAGGACUUCACAGGGUCAAGAAGAUCAUAUCGAAUGUGAUUGCGUUGUCGUUGCGGCAGGGCCCUGGACCGGAUCGCUCCUGAACUCGUUGCUACCCGGCGAUUCGUCACAGAAGAUUCCACCGCAGAUCAUUCGCAAGGGCAAAACAAUUGACGGAUCUCGAGCUCAUUCCAUCGUGGUGCGCGGUACCAGACCAACAACAGAGCACUGCUUGUUCACCGAUAUGAAAUACGUACCAAAGAACAGCGCAGAGAAACACGUGCGGGCGGGUGCGCCCGAGGUUUACGCCCGCGGUGAUGGCACUGUCUACGUCUGCGGAGGGUCAGACGAUGUGCCGUUGCCAAAAACGGCCGACGAGGUCACGUACGACAAGGCGCAGACGGCCAAGCUCGUUGAACAGAUCAGAGUGAUCAGUCCUGAGGUGCUGGGGGAGAGCGCGACGAUUGAGAAGGAGCAGGCUUGCUAUCUGCCGGGAGGGUCGUUCAACGGGCCGCUUAUUGAUGGGUCGCCUGAGCAUGAAGUAUUAUCGUCAAGACAAUUCCUCAGUAACAGCGACACGCCCCUGACGCGUUUGGGCUGUUCCAAGCACGAGCGACACAACCAAAUUCCACUGCCCUCGAAUGCUGUUGGUACAGGGCCUCACCGCAUUGUUGCGCCGACCCCCUCGUCCGACAAGCGAAGAAAAAAAGUAUACCCACACUUUGCGAUCGCCGAUUCCAAGUCCGAGAUGGUUGCUGGCCAAACCAUCAGCAACAUCACAACGAAAAUAAUGAACAAAGAAUACACAGGCCGGAUGGAAAGACUGCGGUCGUCAAGUCCUUCGAAUUCUGCACCAGGACGUCGCCGGUCUCAAGGCAGUCCUAUGACUUCACAAAACCCUAAACGCCAUCUGUCCGAAGCUCCGCAAGUCUCGAGGAGCGUACCCAAGAAGCGCCGACUAGUUUCAAUCACCCCAGACGACGUACAAUCUACUGCCAGGAACAGUCGGGGACCCAGUCAAGCAGCCAGCCAGGACAUACCUACCGAUCUGAUAACCCAUCAGCUUCCAGAAGACGACGGGGGCGGCUUCGAUGACUUCUUGGAUCUGCAACACGACGCCUCGUCUCCCGACUUCGAGCCUCCGCCUGUACAGCAACUUAGCCAGCAACACAAGACACCCAUGUCGACUGUUACUUCGAGCGCGAUGCAGUCAUCGCUACUGGUCACCGGCGUAGGGCAAAAGGUCAUGUCGCUCGGUGCGCAGCUGGUCACCAAUCCUCCACAAUCCGCCGCCCCUGGUCCCGAGGCCGCCGAAGCUGCCGCGCAAGUCGAGCAGCUACAAAACGAAUAUAGGAGCGUCGAGGCCAAGCUGCAACUUGCUAGAACCCGGUUGUCAGAGCAAUUGAACGUCUUUGACGGCCCGGGCGGUCUCAGCACGACUACCACCCCCGCCUCGCUGCGUCCCAGCAGCACCAUGCCAAUCUCCAUCCACGUCAACGAAGAUGACGCUGUCGCCAGCGCACUAUCGCACAUCGCCAGCCUUGAAAGCCGCCGGAGCGGCCUUCUGUCGAGGAUACACGCCGCACAGGCUGCCGAAUUGGAGGCCAAGCAACAUCGGGACAGUAGGCAGCUGACUGUUCAGGUCGAAAACGCUCGCCUUUUCCGUCGGUUGAUGGACCUUGGCCCAGCUGGGACUGCAUCUCUGCUCCGUGUACUGCUUAAGGCUGCCGGUAUCGACUCAACAGACAGCGGACAGAGCUCGGAUGUUAUGGAAGCAACAGAACGCAGGAUAUACAUACGGCGGGAACUUGAGGAGGAUUUGGCCCGAGAGGGCCUCCUUCCUGUGGAUAAAGGAACACCACCGCUCAACGGUGCAUAG